AUGUUACAAGAGAAUCUCCAAAAUAUUCAUAAAAUAGAGGAAGACGACGGGACAACAUUCUUAUACGGUGGAACGAUUACGGUAGUAGAAAAUGGUGAAUUUAAAUUAACAAAAGAAAUAACUGAUUCAGACUCUGGUAUAGGGUCUAGGGAAAGUAGCCCGAGAAACGCGAAUACAAUUGAUAAUAAAAUAACAUCAUCAAUGUCUAAUUCUAAUGGAAUGUCAUCUCCAGAAUCUACUUCUAUUGUUGAUGAUUAUGAUGACAGGUCUGCUUCUUCUGAUUUUGUUGGUGCUCGAUUACCACCAAGUAGGAAUGUUAGUGCUCGUCGUAGUUCCAGUGAAACUAAGGUCAUUGAAGAAGGUCUACAUAAUGUAUCAUUACAAAAAUCACCUGAAAAUUUAGAAAAAAUGGUUGUUGCUGAAUCUACAAUUAUUAAACAACCAUUAGUUUUAAAAUUUAAAAAAAUAAAACGGGAAGAUGGUGCUACAGAAGUUAUUAUAAAAAAUAAUACAGCUUCUUUAGUUGAUGUACCGUUAUCGUCACAAGGACUUCACCAACCAUUACUAACUAUAUCUACUGCUACUAUUUCAUCAACAAUAACACCAUCAACCAACGGUCGUCAACGUGUUUUGUCAGAAAAUUGUAAAGAUGAAUAUUUGUUUCCAAUUAUUGAACCUGGAAAAGUAAAACAUUCAUUUGAUGGUUGUAAAUAUCAUACUAAUCAAAUGGAACAUGGUGCACCACUAAUGAAUUCAGCUAAUGAUUGUUUUAUGAAUUCAGUUCUUCAAAUUUUUACACAUAUUCCACAACUUGCAAGGAUGAUAGAAGAAAAUCAUAAUGAAGAUACAUGUGAUUAUGAAGAUUGUGUAUGGUGUAUAUUACGAAAACAUAUAAUACGGGCAACAAAUACUGAUAAACCUUUUAGCUCAGUACAAAUGAAAAAAAUUGUGAAUAAAUAUUUUCCUGGAAAUAAUGAAGAUCAACAGGAUGCUCAUGAAUUUUUAUCACUUUUAUUAAAUGAUCUUGAACGUAUUGUGACUGGAAAUCGACAUGUUAAGACAAUAGCUGUAUCACCUUUAAACAGGCCGUCAAAUGCCAUAGAACAAGUUUUGUCUGGAACAAUGCGUCAUGAAAUAUCAUGUCCAUUAUGUAAUAAGGUAAAUAUUAAUUAUGAAAGGUAUCGAGAAUUAAAUUUGGAUGUUAUUGCAAAAGAAAGAGAAAAAAUAAAUUGUAAUCUUUCAACAGUAUUUAAUAUGAAUUUUAAAGAUACUCCAUUAGAAUCUUACCGGUGUGAAUUUUGUAAUGCUUUAGUGACGGCUUGCAAAAGAUCAGUACUCCUUCGGGUGCCACAACUUUUAAUCGUACAAAUUAAACGAUUUUUCUGUUAUCCAAAAAAGAUUACUGCCACAAUAAAAAUUGAAAAAGAAAUAGAUCUCACUCCUUUCCUUUUUUGUAAGGAUAAACCUGUUAAAUAUAAACUGGAAGGAGCAAUUGAACAUUUUGGUUCAACACUUGCAUUUGGUCAUUAUACAGCCACUUGCAAAGGUUUUGAUAGAAAAACUUGGUAUCAUUUUGAUGACUUUAAGGUUCGCGAAAGACCAAAUAUUGGCGAUAGUACUGAUUCAUAUGUUGUUAUAUAUAGUUUAGUUAAUCCUGAAGAAUCAACAAAAAUUAUUAUACCUGAAACUAUUGAUGAUGUCUCGUCAAUAAAUAGUAGAAAACUUCAAAAAUCAUUAAAAAGAACACAUGGUUUUUCACAUUCUCAAAGUGUUCCAUCUAAAAUGGCAAGGUUGGAGAACAAUAAAGUUGAUUCUGGUCAAAGUCGUGCAUAUUCUGAAAAUUUAGCUGAACCACCAUAUGUAACCAACCAACUUUUACCAACAAAAUUAUUUAAAACUAACUAUAAUACAAAAACAAAUGUUUCAUAUGAAAGACCUACAACAACAGUUACUACGUCAUCAAAGGUUAAUACUACAUGGAAACAACAAAAAAAUAAUCUUAGUAUUGGAAAUAAUAGACCUUUACAACAACAGAUAAUAAAAAAGACAUCAUCAACCUUUAAUAAAAGUAAUUCUCUGACAGUUUUUAAAAAUCCUUCUGGAACAGGUAAUAUAAAGAGUCACUACAAUUCUUAUAAAAAAACCAAUUUAAAAGAGUAA